AGUCCAGAGAUGUCUCCUGGGAGUCGGGGCCUGGAUUUCUACUCUACUGUGACUGAGCUUGCACCCAGGCUACAGGAUGAUAUCCCACUCUUCCCUCCCCUUUCUACAAGUAGAGGAGUCUCUUCUCAUAGCCACCAUUGUCCCAGGCAAGCACUGAUUUCCAAUGCAAAGUCCCACAAUCACUGUGCUGUUCCUGCCUCAAGUGCACAGAUUAUCUCUCCAUGCCUCAUGGCUGGAGCUGGAGAAUGGGGGAUGAAUGGCAUAGCCAACACAAGACUGUCUUUUCAACUGUCUUCAGUGUCUCUUUCAGUGAUAUGAAGUUAAAACCAGAUCUGAAUUUCUGACCUAUAUAAUUUUCUUCUGUCAGAAGAGUUUCUUUUAAAAUUUCUUGCAAGGAUGUGAGGUCUAGAAAAGCUGCAGCCAUUUUGCCACCAUGUGAAACCUGGGACAUCUGAACUGACUCCAUGAAGCCCGAAGAGAAAGCUAAUAAGAAGGCAGAGAGAAGAGGAAAAGAGUCUUGGUCUUUGAAAAUAUCUUUUGGAGCUGCUGGAUCAAGUCUCACUUGAAGAAAUCUGAAUCCACAUGAAAACAAUGGCAACAAGAAAAAGGUGUAAACUUUCCAGAACAGGCCCAGAAUUUGAAAAUGUGAUAAAGAGGUUAUUGUGCGCCCGAACUUUUCACACAAGAAUUGGAGGAGAUUUAACACAUGGAAUAAUAAACAGAGGAAGGCUGGCUAAUGCAGAGCAGAUGGGCCUGCAGGGCAGUGCUCAGCAUUUCAACAUCUUCCCCCUGGACCUUCGGACUCAAGGUAAGAAAACUGGAGUUCAGAAAAGGGAGCGGGCUGACUCAAUCCCAGCUGCUGGCAGAUCUGGGACUGCAAACCAGCCUUCCAUUGCUCCACGCAGGUGUCUCUUCUCAAGUGGAAUCACAGCAUUGGAUGGACUGAAAAGAGGAAGAGGCUGCAAUGGAGCAGCACACCUGGUAUGCGGGGAUGCCUGGAAAACAGAAUUAGGAGAGCCCUGGGUCAGCAUUGCUCUGGCACUGGCUGGGCUGGGGGCUAUCCUGAUUCUAGAAUUAUCUUGGUUCGUGGGAUAG